CCGGUCUUUACCUCGGAGACUACGGUCUAGUAACUGCGUGGUAGUAAUUACAGAGAGACUGAACGCUUCUCUUGGGGGCGUGGGAGCUGCGAAUAACUCACGGAACGCCUCUCACUCGUUGGGUGGUUCGCUCCCGCGCUCCGGAACCCGCUGUCUGCUGGCCGUGUUUCCGGAGGGACAUUAAUCGUGGCCGGACGCUGUGGCGCGGCAGUUUAAUUCUCCGGCGACGGCGGUGGCGGCAAUAGCUGUUUGAGCAGGACGAGAUGGUCCUGACCGGGCUCAUCAGGAAACUCGGUCAUCAGCUGGCCGAGAUCAGGGAACGCGCUCUCAAGAAUAUCCUCUGCAAGGUUGAGCACAACUUAAUCUGCUAUGCUGAUCUCAUUCAGGAGAGGCUACUUUUUCUCCACUUGCUGCAAUGGUUCAAUUUCCCUUCCGUUCCAAUGAAAGAAGAGGUUCUGAGCCUGUUGAACAGAUUGGUUAAGUAUCCCCCAGCAGUCCAGCAUUUGGUUGAUCUUGGUGCGGUUGAAUUCUUAUCUAAACUUCGUGCUAAUGUGGAGCCAAAUCUACAAGCUGAAAUCGAUGGCAUUCUGGAUGGACUUUUUAUUCUUCCUUCAGACGUUCCUGCAUUGUAUUCUGCAUCCUACCAAACCAACCAAACUGAAUUGCCACAACCAACUGAAAUCUUAACGGGAUAUUUUCCUCCAGACAAAAGUAACUUCCAGCAGACGGAUGCGGCCCCACGACCCAUGGUGAAUCAGACUGUGAAGUGUUUGAAGUUUUCUACAUUUCCUUGGCUGCCCCUGACCACAACUGACAGACAUGUCCUGUCCUCUAAUGAAAGCUCGCUCCGCAGCAGCAACCACACUCUGAUCUGGAACACCUGCGAGCUGUUGAAGGCCGUCAUCAUGCAGGACUUUCCCGCCGAGAUUUUCCUUCAGAGGCCCAAAGUCGUUCAGAGCCUUUUCUCUCUGCUGAAACCGGCCUUCGCGGGGGACGCCGAGCACCGUCUGGCACUUCAGUCGCUGUCCUGCUUGCAGCAGCUGAGCGUGUGUUUAAGGAACAGACUUAACUUUCACCGAGAUCCAGGUUUCUUCUCUAGUAAACAAGACACAGUUUCCCAGAAUUCUUCUUUGUCUUAUUGUCAUGAAGCGAGAGUUACUCAUCCCUCUCAGAACCCUUCUCCAGGGAGCAGCAGCCCCCGGCCUUCUGUGGUUGGACGCACAGGCCAGCGACCCAGAGGGGACGGCCAGGACUGGGACGCGGCGUCGUCCAGCGGAAGCAGUAGUCGCGCUCACGUGGACUCCAGGCUUUCUGUCCCUUCACCCCUGGACAUGGCGCACAUCGAUCUGCGAGAGCUGGAAAGCGAAGACAGCCUGGACCUGCAGCCCCAGCAGCUCAGCCUCCCGCAGUUCUGCCUCUCUGUCCUGGACUCAGCGCUUCCACUCUUACGAGCAGGCAGUAGACAGAUGAUAAUAAGAGUUCUGGAAUUGCUGGCAGAGGCUAUGAUCCUUAUUGGUGAAGCAAUUUCGACGGAUAUCUGGGAUGACAACAGCCUUUUUGCUAUAGACAUGAAAGAGAAACUGCUCGUGAUGUUGGGGUCCCUUGGAGAAACCAUGAGCUACCAUAAAAGCAGUGGGAGCCUGGACCAGCCCGCGGCAGUGCUGGUGCACCACAGGAUGGCCUUUGUCAGCACUUCGCUGUUGGCCGUGCGGCUUCUGCAGACGCUCCUCCCCGUGGAAAAGGCAAGCCACUUUCUACCAGAGCCGAUGUCAGCGGCACUAUUUCUGGUUUCUUUGGACAUGCCUAUUUCUCUGGAGUAUCCAAAUAUCCAUGAUGCUGUGGUGGCCUAUUUGGAACAGCAGAAUUCUGACAACUACAGCGUUUAUAAACGAACUGCAGAGGCCGCUUACUCCAUCGAAUGUGCCUGUAACUUCCUGUCUGAUGUUGGGAAGGAGGGAGAGAAGAAUUUCUUAGAAUUAAUGGAGCUGGCAGACCAAGCCUUGCGUAGCUUUGCAUAUCAUCAGCAUUUCCCCCUAGUGAAGGAGAUCAUCUGCGUUUGUUCAAAGAUCUGGAAGUCUGCACAAGCCAGUCCCUUAUCACAAGGAGAAAGUCAGAAGGUGCUUCUACGUCUGUUGUCUCAUCCAUUGCUACAAGUGAAAGUUGAGACUUACCACUGCUGUCUCGAAAUUGUUAAGGAAUGUUUGGGUAUCCAUAGCGUCAGUAAACCCGUGUCUUCACUUUGUAAUGGAAUUCAUUUUCUACUCCACCCAAAAGUUCUGUAUGAAAUCUCUGUAUUUGGCAUUCAGGAGCCCAAAAGUGAGGUGAAUGCCGCCGCCAGAGCCAUCCUGCUGUACCUGCUGCAGGGACGAUUGCUGAUGACAGCGCCGACCUGGGAUAGGUUUAUCGAGUCGCUCUGCCCCAUCCUUCCAGUCCUACAGGGCUACGCGGACACAGAGGAGCCGCUGGGCAACUGUGUUCUUCUCCUCAGCGAAGCGGGUCCCGAGGGUGACGGAGGGGCCCUGUCCCGCACCGCCCGCCUGAAGGCCACGCUGCGGCUCCUGCUGGUGAAGAAGCCGGCGGUCCGUUCGCUGGCGUCAAAGCUUUUAGCAUGUCAUCUCACCAGGGAAGAUGGGGCAGACAGGAAGCGCCCAUCCAUCGAUGCCAGAGUCCUCUCCAGAGUUACUAAUUUAUUUAUUGUGAAAAAGCCUAUCGAACUCAAAUUGGAUGACAGAAAAGAGCUCGUUAUUAAGUUGGAGACUGUUGAGAAGGUGUAUGAAAUCUUUAUCUCAGAUGAUAUCGAUCUUGUUUUGAGAAAGUCAGCAGCGGAACAGUUAGCUGUGAUUAUGCAAGAUAUUAAAAUGCAUGCUGUGGUGAAAAAGUUAUGCUUAAUUGACAAGAUAAUUGAGUACUUAAAUGAAUGUGUGGGUCAGGAUGGCGAGGCCAUGGAGUGUUUGGUGCAGCCGAGCCUCGCGCUGCUGAGGAAAAUUCUCUGUGCCGACCCCGUCGUGCGGGUUUCCCUCGCUCAGCAGCCGUCUCUCCUGACCCUGUUACUCAGAGUUUCCUUGAUAUUUCAUGAAGAUUGUGCCAUCGUGACUGAAGUCGGAGCAUUAUUUUGUCUUCUGUUAUUUGAUGAAGUAUCAAGAAUGGAUAUGUGGUCUGUGAAUCCUCCCAGUAAACCUUCUUCACCAUCAGUCUUCAGUUUGCCUGUCUCCGUGUUUAGAAGGUAUCACCUGCCAGUGCAUGCAGUUGGCCACCAUGCUGUGAGUCCGUACUCCAUAGUUUUGCCGUUAUCUGCUGAUUGUUUGGCCUUGAAGCCGGUCUCGGAUAUGCUGAGAAUAGCGUGGAACCUGGCAUGGUAUCGUGGGAGUGAUAAUCUUUUGAAGCAAAUGAACUCCGAAACGCAAAUCGAAGAAUUUUUAGACACGUUGAAGUUGUCCACAGAGGACAUGCUUUCUCUGAAGAUGACGCACACUGCCAGUGGACUGAAGGACUGUCUCCAUUCCAUCGUUCAGGCUGCAGGGCACAGGGAAGUGAGGGCUGCUGUCACGAGGAUGAGUUUCUAUUUUCUGAAUGACAGACUGUCUUUGAAGGGCAGCCCUGGCCCAUGUGGGGUUCCCUCGAAGUCCCUGGCGUGGCACACCGCGCUGAACAGGUUUUUACAAGUGCUUCCUGCUUGUACUGAAGAUGAGAAACUGCUAAUAGAUAUCAUACAUUUUUUAAAUAAGUUAUUGAAGACACAAAGAAAAGAUUCAUCAGUAGAACUUCUAAACUGGCUUCUAGAAUUACUUCUUAGACAUAGUCCAAACCCGCUGUUAGACCUGCUGGUUCCGACAGAGUCACAGGCACGAGAGGAAACGGAUGACAUCAGGACGGCUGUGAGGCAGCAGCUCCAGAAAGAACUGAUCGCUCUUUUCAACACCUUGCUGCUCAGCUUCGCGGCAGUUACUGACAGGAAAUGCUUGGAACUGUUUUACGUCUUCCAAACACAGCUGGCCCUGAAACUGCUGCAGUGUCUGCGAGUCACGGAUGCCCCUCACUUCUAUGGCCUGCCUUCCCUCGAGAGGACCUUAGGGGGCAUGGCUCACCUCACUGCGCUGCCGGGGUGGAGCGCGCAUUCCCCCCUUACAAGGCCCCUCGAAAUUUGUGUGAAGUACUUGUCAGGCCUCCUGGAAGUCAUUACUUCUUUUUAUGUGGAACGUGGAGGAAAUGCCAUGUCCUUCAUGGGAAAAGGAGUCACAAAGAGCACGAUCCUCUGCUUGCUUCAUUUGUCCCAUGAGAUGGUGGCCCAGGGCCCAAGCUCGGAGUGGAUGUCACUUUGGUUCUUGCCUCUGGGGAGUCACAGCGAAGAGCACAGCCCUGCUCAACACGGGUUGGCUUGGUUGAUCCCAUUGUGGGUUGAUCGAGACCCAGAGCAGGUGAGGUUCACGUCCCUGGGCUUAGGGUCGGCCCUGACUGCCCUGGAGGCCGGCUGCGUGGCCUUAGCGAACAGUUGUCAGAACAUUUCUGGUGGGAUCUGGGGAACUGUGGUGAACAUUCUUCUGGACCAGUCGGAAUGCAGCAUGGUGCGCCGGGAGGCUGCAUUUAUUCUUCAGAAUCUCCUUGUAAUUCCAAUGCCUUCAGUAAUUUUAAAGGAUUAUACUUGGCAGGGCCCCUGUGUCCACGACGAGGACUCCGGCCUGUCCCUCGUGGGAAAACCUGCCCUUCAGGCUCUUCUGUAUCACUGCCAUUUUUAUGCACAUUUGAAUCAGAUGGCAAAACAUUGUUACCUGGGACGGUACACGUUCGAUUUGAAUUGUUCUGCUCUGCAUGGAACUUCAGAAGGCAGUGACCUAAAUGGUUUAGACGACUCAUUCAAGUUUUGGAAGGCCCCUUCUAAGACGUCCAGUCAAGAUCGGGAUCCAAGUUCACUCUCCACCUUGGAAACAAUGGUGGCACCUUCAUUGGAGAGUGAUGAAUUUUCACCACUUGUGGCCUCAGCCGUGCCUGUCCCUGAAGUCUCACACGACCAGUUUGUGGCCCAAGUAACAGGUCAGCCUGAGGCCGCGUCCCCGCGGCAUCCUCGGGACGCGUCCCUUGCGGCCGCUCUGCCAGGGCGGGCUGUGUUGGUCACCCCUCCUCUUCUGUCAGCUCUGUGCAGCCUGUUGGACAGCCUCCUGGCGGCCGCUCCACAAGACACCGCACACGCACUUCGCCAGGCUCGGCUCAUACCGCUUCUCUGUGGAAUUGCAGAUGCCACCCGCAUAGAGACGUGUGUCCAGGAACUCAAGACCCCGCUUCCGUCGUCAGUUCCGGUCGAGCACGCCCAGGCUCAGGUGUGCUUUCUCCUUGAGUACCUGUCCUCUUUGUCCAGGCUUUUGCAGUCUUGUUUACUGGUAGAGCCUGACCUUGUGAUUCAGAAUGAGCUUCUGAAACCUCUUAUCAAGAACGUCGUUGGAGUUCUCACCAUAUGCACCAAAGACCUUAUAGAUGUGGAGUUAAUAUCGGCAUUUUAUCAGACCUGGACACAUUUAUUUAAUCUUCUGGCCGCCCUCCUGAGGAAGGCUGGUGCUGCCUGUCUCCCGUCCAUCACGAUGGGUCUAGCCAGCCACUGGGCGGCUGUGAUCGACAUGCUCUGCGAAUGCGUGGCUUUGUCCACGGCGUGUCCCGUUCUGCACACUGCCAGCCUGCACUUCCUUUCUAUUCUCUUGACUGAGGAAGCAAAAAGGGGCCUUCGGGAUAAGGAUAGGAUGAAUUUAGGCCACAGUCCCACGAUGGCUUCACUUCUGGAUAAAACUCAGGAAAAUCAGAAAUCUCUAGAACGAUUUAAUGAAGUAAUUAUUCAGUGCUACGAAGGGAAGCCCCCCAGAGACGCUCUGAAGAGGGUCGCUGCCAACGCACUGCUGUCUCUCCUGGCCGUCAGCAGAGCCGCGCAGAGGCACGCUCUGAAAGCCGAUCUGAUAGACAGCUGCGUGGAGCAGAUGAAGCACGUCGACGCGCAGCUGAGCCUCGCCUCUCUGCGGCCUGGGAAGGCCGCGCUGAAGAAGAAGGAGGAUGGUUUUAUUAAAGAGUUAAGCAUUGCCAUGCAGCUCCUGAGAAACUGCCUUUAUCAAAACGAAGAAUGCAAAGAAGCAGCUCUGGAGGCGCAUCUCGUCCCUGUCCUGCACUCUCUCUGGCCUUGGCUUUUGAUGGAUGAUUCAUUGAUGCAGAAUGCCCUGCAGCUGCUCUGUGUCUACACCGCAAAUUUUCCAAACGGUUGCAGUUCUCUUUGUUGGUCAAAUUCUGGACAAUACCCUGUUCAAGCUUCGGGCAGAGGAGCCGCGGGCAGCUCUUUGAUGCUGUGUGUCCUGCGGUUGGCUUCCCAGGUGCCUCUCGAGAGCACGGCAGUCCAGCAGAUGGCUUUUAUGUUUCUUUCAAACCUGGCCUUGUCUCAUGACUGUAGAGGAGUCAUUCAAAAAAGUAACUUCCUGCAGAGCUUCCUGUCUCUGACAUUGCCCAAAGGAGGGAGCAGGCAGCUCGGUGGGCUGAGCGUUCUGUGGCUGAAGUUGCUCCUGAACAUGUCGCUCGGAGAGGAUGGGCAGCAGAUGAUCCUGAGGCUGGGCGGCUGCUUGGACCUGCUUGCGGAGAUGAGCAAGUGCAAGCACAAGGGCAGCCCCGAGGUGCCUCUUCUUAUCUUUCAUAAUAUUUGCUUCAGUCCCGCCAGUAAGCCCAAGAUCCUGGCCAACGAAAAAGUCAUUAGUGUGCUGGUCGCCUGUCUGGAAAGCGAGAGUCGAACCGCUCAGAGGAUUGGAGCAGCCGCGCUUUGGGCUCUGAUUCACAACUGUCAAAAGGCGAAAACAACUUUGAAAAAUCCAUCAAUAAAAAGAAGAGUCGAUGAAGCAUAUUCCUUAGCAAAGAAAAAUUUUUCAAACUCAGAAGAAACCCCUCAAAAUGCCUAUUAUUUGAAGUGUCUUGAAAACCUUGCUCAGCAGCUGAGCUCCUCCUGAGCGCCAACUGCCCUGAAGGCUGCGGGGCUGUGGCCCGAGCCAGUGGGGCCAGUAGGACGCGGAGCCAGUGGGACGCGGCCUCAGGCUCGGCUGCAACCUGAAGACGGCCGGCCCUCUGCAGGGCGGACGGGAAGUUGAGUGGUGACACCCACGUGCUGUCCCUUCAUGUUGCACCAGCUCUGUAAGUAAGAGUGGCUGGCAAGACGAUGGGAAAGGAAAGGCACAGCAAGUUCUGGGAACUUAAACAUUUUCAUUUUUUUCUAUGCAAUUUGCUUUGUAUAAAUCCUAUUUAACAGUUAUUUAAUAAAGUAUUUUUUAGAAACUGAGAAUUGACUAAUAGUUGCUGUUUGCAGACAUUUAUCAGUCCCAUGAAUAUAAAUUUUAGGAAUUGGAAGAAGACAUUAUGUUCUGAUUUUUUUUUAAUUUUUUACAUGAAACAUGGCUCUUAUCAAUACAAAUUCUUAGUUUUCAAAUCUUUAUAUUAUCCAGAAUGUACACAUUGGUGAAGGGAUAUUUGCAUGUAAAUGUAUAUGUUUUGUGAGUAGUUUCUUUCUACAAAUUUUAAUCAUAUUAACUCCUUUCCAGAGUAUUUAUAAACAUUAUACUCCUUUUACCUUACAACUUCUGAAAUGCUGUGUAAUCAAGUAGGAAGAAAUAGAGUUUACAGUCACGUUGGCCCUGGUUCAAGUUCCGGCUUAGCCCAGUGUCGUGAAGAUCAAGACUGAGAACUCCGGCAGGGCCCAGCUCUGUACGCCAGGCCGAGCCUCUUAACCAGCGUGUGGUUUUGAACUCAGAACUUCAGGCUAAAUCAGUUCACAUUUUGAUCACUUUCAGCCAUUUUCCCAACACUUUUGAAAGUAAGAAGAGAAAAUUGUACCUAAGAAAUAAAAGGUAAAAGCUGAUAUAGACAUAUAUAGAGAGAGAUAUAUGUAUGUAUCGUGGGUGUGUGUGUACACACAUACAUACACGUUCACUUAGGAAGAAUUUUUCUUAUUGAAUCAUGGUUAACCAGAACAAAGUACCAUUUUUAAGUGCUGUUAUUAGCAAAUCAGAAAAAUUUUAAAAAGCCAUGUGAUGUUAUUUAAGCUGGAAAUGUGAGGACAAAAUAUAUGUUAAAUAGUGAAAUAGAAGCAGAGAAAUUUGUGUCUGAAAACUAUUGAUUAGCGAUCUGAAAAAUAGGUUUAGGAAGUUCAGAAGUUUCUAAGGAGCACAAGUAAUUUGGAAGCAGUGGACAUGCCCAUAUUCUGAAAAAUUCACCAGUUCUAAGAGCGGGAAUCUCAGGAAUUAUUUCUACCCUUUCUCCUGGUUUCUUUUAUGUCACUUUCUCGGUAUUACCUUGUAAACCCUCCUGGAUGAAAAUGAGAUGGAUUUCUUUGUACCUUCCAUUAAAGAACUCUGCGUCACAGGC